UCUGUCUGAAAGGCUUUGCCAAUUAUCUAUAUAGAACUGUUUCUUCUACUUGUUGAUACUAUGAAUAUAACAUAUAUUAGUCUUGAUGGCCAUGUAGAGUUACAGAAAUACAGGUAUCUUUAUUUCUUAAUCAUGUUGACAGGUUAUAUUUUAAUUCUGUCCUGUAAUUCCACUAUUGUAUAUCUUAUUGUUAUUCACAAAAACCUGCAUGAGCCUAUGUACAUGUUUAUUGCUUCUUUGUUAAUCAAUUCCAUUAUUUUCAGUACUGUUAUCUACCCAAAGCUUUUGACCGAUUUCCUAUCUGAGAAACAAAUUGUGUCUUAUCAGUUUUGUCUCAUGCAAGUGUUUUCUUUUUACUCUUCAAGCUGUUCAGAAUAUUUGCUGUUAGCAGCCAUGGCUUUUGACAGAUAUGUGUCCAUAUGUAAACCUCUGCAUUAUCAUUCAAUCAUGACAAAAAGAACUGUUAUUAUUUUUCUUCUUCUGGCCUGGUUUGUACCUCCUUGUCAUAUUGUUGUGCCUGUCAUUGGAAGAGCAAAUGCCAUGCUCUGUAGCUUUAGUUUGAAAGCCAUUUUCUGUAACAAUUCAGUCAAUUAUCUUUUCUGUGUUGCUUCGAAAGCAUUGAUGACAUAUGGCCUUGUUGUUCUAUUCAACCUUGCUCUUUUCCCAAUGCUUUUCAUACUAUUCACCUACACAGUGAUAAUUAUUGUGGCCAGUAGAAGUUGCAGGGAAGUCAGGAGAAAAGCUGCACAGACGUGUUUGCCUCACUUGCUGGUUUUAAUCAACUAUUCUUGUUUGUUUUCUUAUGAUAUGAUUAUUGUUAGACUGGAAUCUAAUAUUUCAAAGACAGUACGUUUUGUGAUGACAGUGCAAAUGAUGAUGUGUAAUCCUCUUUUUAAUCCAAUCAUAUAUGGACUGAAAAUCAAAGAAAUUUAUAAACACUUAAGACAAUUAUUUUAUAAAGUUGGAGUUAAGUAGCCCUUUUACUUGAUGUGCACUUAUUGUAACUGUUACAAGAUAUGUCCCAGAUAUAUUUAGCUAAAA